UCUAGGUUAGUCGAUCAUUAGUAGCCUGAUCUUCUAUGAGAAUUCUAUAAAUAAGUUCACAGUUACAACACAUUUAAAUUCAAUGAAUUAUGUUAACUUGCUUUGACUGCACACACCACAAAAGCAACCGUAGCUUUAUAUUAUUCAUUUUUUUGAUAAGAUAAAUAUUUAGCAACGAUUAUAUUUCACCAUUUGCAUAAAUAUCAAGAAUUUUGCCCGUGGUAUAAAAUUUAUAGCAUUUUUAUUAGCAUUGUAUUUUAAAAGUAGUUAAGUGAUUUACGUACCAACUCUUUUCUGAAAUUUAUUUGUAAUACUGUCUGAUUUCAAACUGAUUUAUUGUGUAACAAAGUAAAUACAUUUUAAACUCAAGGAGGGCUGGAUUUUAUGGUGAUAAACCCCAGAAAAAAAAUACAAUUUUUGCUCCAUAAUUCAUACUCAAAUUCAGAUUUGCUACUUAUGCAGAUAUGCCAUUCGAUUAAGUAUGGUCAUAGCCAACAUGCUAUUUUUUAUAUGCAAAUUUUGUCUAAAUCAUUUAUUCUAAGCCAAGGUGAGACAAAAUGACUCUGUUACAUUUUUUUAACUUUGUAUAUAAAAUAGCAGUAUUUGGAUUUUGGGAUCAUAUUUUUAAGCCAUGUGACUUCAUCUUGGAAUUACUAUUAUGACAUCACAAGACUACCCAGCAACCAAAUUUUUACAAUAACAUUGGGAUUGGGAUGCACAUUAGGGAAGAUUUUAUCCAUAAUUGGAUGCGUUGGACAGGUUUUGACACUGUUUUCAGUGCUGUAAAUGUGGAUCCACUUGAAAAACUUAGAGAAAUGGAAGCUUAACUGACCUUUGUAACAGUUUGUUACUUUGAGAAAAAUGUAUAAUUUGAUUAACAGUAUAGGCUAAGGAUGGAAACUAUUUUUUCUAUCCAUUUUAACUUCCGAAUGACUAUGGAUGAAAAGUAUGUUGCCAAUAUUUGGGAACUGCUCAAAAAUGCGAUUCAAGAAAUUCAAAAGAAAAAUAACAGCGGGCUCAGUUUUGAGGAGUUAUACAGAAAUGCCUAUACUAUGGUUCUGCACAAAUAUGGUGAAAAAUUAUACAAUGGGCUAAGAGAAGUUGUUACGGAACAUUUAACACAAAAGGUCCGUGUUGAUGUUGUGGAAUCUUUGAACAACUAUUUUUUACCGACGUUAAAUUCUGCUUGGAAUGAUCAUCAGACAUCUAUGGUUAUGAUCAGAGAUAUCUUAAUGUACAUGGAUCGAGUUUAUGUUUCACAAAAUAAUGUAGACAGUGUUUACAAUCUGGGAUUAAAAAUAUUUCGGGAUAAAGUUGUGCGUGAACCAGCAAUACGAGAACAUUUAAAAGAGGUUUUAUUGGAUAAAGUUGCCAGGGAAAGAAGAGGUGAAGUUGUUGACAGAGGAGCUGUUAGAAAUGCAUGCAUGAUGUUGAUGACUCUUGGUAAAGAAGUUUAUGAAGAAGAAUUUGAAAGGGAUUUUCUAAAGCAAUCUGCUGAAUUUUAUCAGAUGGAAAGUCAAAAAUUUUUGGCAGAAAAUAGUGCAUCCGUUUAUAUAAAGAAAGUUGAAGCUCGUAUAAAUGAAGAAGGGGAAAGAGCUCGACAUUAUUUCGACCCAUCAACUGAACAAGAGAUUGUAGCUGUACUGGAGAAAGAACUGAUAGAGAAACACAUGAAAACAAUUGUUGACAUGGAAAACUCAGGAGCAGUGCAGAUGUUGAUGCAUGAUAAGAAAGAUGAUUUAGAGUGUAUGUUCCAGUUAUUUGCUCGAGUUUCUCAAGGUUUGGAAACAUUGAGAGAUUGUGUGAGUAAAUAUUUGAGAGAGCAAGGAAAGGCACUCAUUAGUGAUGAGGAAGGAAAAUCUGCUGUUGAUUUUAUCCAGAACUUACUGGAUCUUAAGGAUCGUUUUGAUGCUUUUCAUAAGGAAUCGUUCAAGUCCGCUCAGUUGUUCAAGAAAAUGAUUUGCUCAGAUUUUGAAUGGUUUAUAAAUAUAAACCCGAAAUCACCAGAAUAUUUAUCUUUGUUUAUUGAUGACAAACUAAAAAAAGGAUUGAAAGGAUUAUCAGAGUCUGAAGUGGAAGUUGUAUUAGACAAAACAAUGGUUUUGUUCAGAUUUUUACAAGAAAAAGAUGUUUUUGAGAGAUAUUACAAACAACAUUUGGCCAGGAGAUUACUUGGAAAUAAAAGUAUUUCUGACGAUUCUGAGAAAAAUAUGAUAACUAAGUUGAAGAAUGAAUGCGGAUGUCAGUUUACAUCAAAGUUAGAAGGAAUGUUCAAAGACAUGCAUGUGUCAUCAUCCACUAAUGAUGAGUUCAAGAAACAUAUACAGGAUUCAGGGACUUCCUUGAAAGGAGUGGAUCUCAGUGUCAGAGUAUUAACGACGGGAUAUUGGCCGACCCAACCAGCAAGUCCAAAUUGUAAUAUACCACCUGCUCCUAGACAUGCUUUUGAUGUUUUCAGAAGGUUUUAUCUCGGCAAGCAUAGUGGACGUCAGUUAACUUUACAGCAUCAAAUGGGAAACGCAGAUCUUAAUGCAACAUUCUUUGGUCUUGCUAAAGUAAAAGCAUCAGCAAGUAGCUCAUCUAUGAACGAUGGAAAUAACGGAGAGCCAUCAACAUCAAAAGUUACUCCACAAAGUCGCCGACAUAUACUGCAAGUUACGACAUCACAGAUGGUUAUAUUGCUUCUAUUUAAUAACAGAGAUAAAUGGAAUUUUGAGGAAUUACAGCAAGAGACUGACAUUCCAGCUAAAGAACUUACGAGAGCUCUGCAAUCGCUUGCGUGUGGAAAACCAAAUCAAAGAGUUCUGAUGAAGGAACCUAAAGGAAAAGAAAUUGAGAAAACUCACAUGUUUACAGUCAAUGAUGGAUUCACCUCGAAACUCCAUAGAGUUAAAAUACAAAUGGUUGCUGCAAGACAAGGUGAAUCUGAACCAGAGCGUCGAGAAACUAGAACAAAGGUAGAUGAAGACAGAAGACAUGAAAUCGAAGCAGCGAUUGUUCGAAUUAUGAAAUCAAGAAAGGAAAUGCAACAUAAUUUACUUGUUGCAGAAGUUACAAACCAGCUGAAACACAGAUUUCUUCCAAGCCCUGUGAUCACAAAGAAAAGAAUUGAAGGAUUGAUUGAACGGGAAUAUCUUGCAAGAUCACAGACAGACAGAAAAGUGUAUCAUUAUGUUGCAUAAGUAUAAUAGGACUUGAUGUCGAUAAACUAUGGAUAUUCUAUAGCGUAGGCAUAAAAUUUAUUGUUAGUAUAUGUUGGCGAGUAAUUUAUAUUUUGUCUACUAUUGUUCUUGGUGGAAAACAAACCAAGAAAAUAUUUUAUCCUAUUUUUUUUUUGAAUAUUAUGUUUUUUUCGUCAUCUGGUUGGAUGUGGAUUGUAAAAUGCUUGAUUGUAAAACGUUGCCACAAACUUCUUAUACUGCAAUCAUUUUUGUUUUAUUUGAUCGAAUGGCAUGAGUCAUUUUUUUAUUCUCUAUAGAGAAUACUAUAAUUUUAAAGUCAAUCGACUUGCUCAAAGGCUGAAUAGCCUAGGGAUCAAUGUAAUUCGAGCUUUCUUGCAGAAUUUCUCAACGUUGAUGGUUUUUUGAUGUGAACAUUUUAAUGACUAACUGUCCUGUAUAUAAUUACUGUAUAUCUAUUUCACAUUACUCCUGAAUCCAUGCCCAAUUAGUCGAGCAUUUCUAUAUACCUUGUAUGAUUGAAAAUUCUCGGCCAUGGGCGAUUCAGGUAACAUUAGAGUAAAUGGAAUAUUUUAAUUUCGUUCACUCUUCUGUAUUGUUCUUUUUACCAAUAUUUAAUGCUGGUCGUUAUUGUAGCAUGUUGACUUCUCAAUGGUUAACAAUUCUAUAAGAAACCCACAUUACAAACCUUUCAUAAUCUUAGUAUUCACUUGAUAGUGAUGGACUCUUUUUUUCCUGCUUACAUCAAUAGUAACCUGUUUGAAAUUCUAUUAAAUAAAUAAACGAGGGAGCACAAA